AUGUCCUCGCCGGCAUCAGAAGACAAACGGGAAGUUUUUGGCCUCGGGCGAAAGGUGGCCGUCGUCGGCGCCGGAAUCAGCGGCGUCUGCGCCGCGGCGCACCUGAUCAAGCAGGGGCUCCAGGUGACGGUCUUUGAGCGCUCAGGCAUUGCAGGCGGCGUCUGGCACUAUGACAGGCGUGUGGCGGAAGAUCCUCCAUAUCCCAACAAUGCGCCCUCUAGAGGGGAUUACCUCCUCUCCAAGCCCGGGGAGUUUGCCUUCGCAACACCUCCCCCGGAGCAUGAUACGGCUGCUGGCGACACGGCGGAUCUCCGAAGCAGGAGCCUGCUUCCAGCCGACCUCGAGGCUCACUUCUCACCGCCCGGCCCCUGUUACGCGGGUCUGAAGAACAACGUGCCCACACACCUCAUGGCCAGUUCGCUGGACCCAUGGCCGGAAGGGACCGAGCCAUUCGUCAGCCAAGACAAGGUUGAACAGUACAUCCAGGGGCUUGCAAGCGACCACGGUGUGACCGCUGUCACCUCGUUUCACACGAGGGUCGACGAGAUUCGGAAGACGCCGGACGGGACCAAGUGGGAGAUACGCUCCGUGGCGCUGGAAGCGUGGGAUACGGGGCCCCGGCUUAACGAGCGCACCUCCUACUUCGACCUGGUCGUCGUCGCGACGGGGCACUACAACAUGCCACGGAUCCCCGACACGGAAGGGCUCAAGGAGUGGAAGGAGAGGUACCCUAGCCGGAUCAUCCACUCGAAACAAUAUCGGUCUCCCGAGCCGUUCCGGGGGCGGAACAUACUCGUCAUUGGCGCCGGGGUCUCUGCCCUCGACAUAUGCCGCGAGACCGACGGCGUCACCGCCAAGACGUACCAAAGCGUGCGCGGCGGCCGGUUCGACCUUCCGCAAUCUCUCCUACCAGAGUCCACGGUCCGAGUUCCGGAAGUCGCCAGAUACGAGCUGCGCGCGGACAGCGGUGGGCGGCUCGAUGAUGAGGCGCCGAUUCCCGGCUCCGUCGUGCUAAAAGACGGACAGGUGCUCGAGGGCAUCCAUCACGUGGUGGUGGCGACGGGAUAUAUCACCUCGUAUCCCUUUCUCCCCCACCUGCACUCGGAUGAUACCCCAAACGUGCAGGCCGGCGAGGACAUCGUGGUGGCCGCCGAGGGCGACAUGGCACACAACCUGCACCGCGACAUCUUCUACAUCAACGACCCGACACUCGCCUUUGUCGGCGUGCCCUACCACGUCGCGACGUUUUCUCUCUUCGACUUCCAGGCCCAGGCGGUGGCUCGGGCUUUUGCGGGCAAAGCCCGCCUGCCGAGCCGAGAAGAGAUGCGGAGGGAGUACCAGAAGCGGAUGGAGGAGAAGGGGCUCGGCCGGGGAUUCCAUUCGCUGCACGUCCGCGGCCAUGAGCUCGAGUACGUGCAAGGACUUGUGGAUUGGGAAUGGAGGCGGGCUUACAACGAGAUGAAGGACAAAACAAUGUCGCUCUUCAAGUGGUCCGAGAAUGCCGGUGAAGAGGGGCCAAAAGAACAAUGA